AUGCGUUACAUCAUCCUCUUCUCGGCCUUUGUCGCCACUGCUCUCGCCGGCGACUGGGACACCUCCGAGGCCGAAAAGACAACAGAGGCUUCGUGGCCCGAGAAGACAACCAGCGCUGAGUGGCGCGACAAGACAACAAGUGCUGAAUGGGCCGAAAAGACAACAAGCGCCGAGUGGCCCGACAAGACAAGCGCCGAGUGGCCCACGAAGACGGAGGCAACACACGAGCAGAUCACUCCUACAUGGGAGUCUCACCCUCACCCUCCCCCUCCCAAGGUGGACUGCAAGCACGUUAAGGAGUGCACCGACGAGGUCGACAAAUGCAGGACCAAGCCUGAAGCCAACCAGGCCGAGUGCUCUUCCGAGUACGCAGAGUGCCUCGGCUUCAACCCUCUCAACCCUGAAGCCGAUGAAGCCCUCAAGCAGUGUGAAGAGGAGGGCCACAAGCCCGGCCACAACGAGACUCGCCCCAAGCCGCCGCCUGUCAUUGUGUCUGGCGCCUCAAGCAUGGCACCAUUGGGUCUCAUCAGCCUUUUGGCUGCUGCCGCUGCCGCUCUUCUGUAA